AAUAAUGCGAAAUAUAAUAUGAAAAUUGAAACAAAAUAUAAAUAAAAUAAGAAAAUAAUAAAUGUUAUAAAGUAGUCAGUGACCGUUUGGCAAAAGCCUUCAAUAAAAAGUGUAGCUGUGUGGCAGCUUGUGGUUGUAUUGUGUUGCAAGUUAUUCACACUGGCUGGUGUUGUUGGUGUUGCGUCAAUUUAUCUCGCUGCAAAAUCUGCCGUGAAAGGAAAACCAGGACGUUAACUUCCGACAACAGAGGCUGUGUGCGAGCAAACCAGAUCUGGAGAACACGCGAUUGUUGCGAAAAAAUUCAACUAAAAGCAACAACUACAACACUAUAUAAGACAGUUGGCGGAAAAGAAGUGCAAGAGAUUUGAAGAUGACAGCGAAUCGUGUUUGGUACGGCGUGGCAAUGCUGCUUGGUGCGGCCAACAUCAUGGCCUCCGAUAUUCUAAUGGUCACAAUGGGUGGCACGAAAUCACACAAAAUACCCUUUUGGGAGUUGGCGAAGAGGUUGAUACACAGCGGUCACAACAUUACCUUUCUCAACGGUUUUCCAUCGGAUUUUCAUAUUGACGGCUUGCAUGAGAUCACACCAGCUGGGCUGGUUGAGUACAUACAGAAUUAUACAAAUUGGGAUUUAUUGGGUUCACGUAUGUCUGGCGAAAUGCCGCUGUCGAUGUGGGAUGCAUUCCGAUAUGCAUUUGAGUCCUGCGAUGCCAUGCUGGAGGAUGCUGAAACUAAAGAGCUCUUGAAUCGCAAUUUCGAUUUGGCCAUAUUGGAUGGCGCUUUUCCCGAAUGUGCGCUCGGCAUGGUCCAUCAAUAUAAAAUACCAUUCAUGUAUAUGAAUACAGUUGGCUUCUACACCGGCAGUCUGGCGAAGUCUGGCAAUCCUGGCUCUUAUGCGAUAACGCCGAAUUUCUACACGAGCUUUACAGACACAAUGAAUAUAAUCCAGCGAGCCAUGAAUACGGGCAUACAAGUGUUUCAGGAUGUAAUGCACAAGUUCGUCAUUGCCAUGGUGCAUCGUGUGCUGCGUGAGCGCCUCGGUACGCACAUACCACAUCCGUAUGACAUGUCGAAAAAUGUCAGUUUCAUAUUACAGAAUGGUCAUGCUGUUGUCUCAUAUCCGCGUGCGCUAAAUCCAAAUGUCGCCGAGAUCGCUUGUAUACAUUGCAAGCCCGCCAAACCGCUACCGAAAGAUUUGGAAGAAUUUAUCGGCUCAGCAGGUGAGUCAGGUUUCAUUUAUGUCUCCAUGGGCUCGUCGGUGAAGGCGGCCAAUAUGCCGGAAUCACUGCGUCGCCUACUGGUGAAAACAUUCGCUCGCCUACCAUAUCAUGUGCUCUGGAAGUAUGAAGGUGAUGCCUCGGAAAUGCAUGAUCUCACAUCAAAUGUACGUCUCAGUCGUUGGCUGCCGCAACAAGACAUUUUGGGACAUCACAAGCUGCGCGCUUUCGUUACACAUGGCGGUUUGUUGAGCAUGUUCGAGACGGUGUAUCAUGGUGUGCCUGUGGUGACAAUGCCCGUUUUCUGUGAUCACGAUGUGAACUCAGCCAAAGCGGAGGUGGAUGGCUAUGCGAUCAAGUUGCAAUUGCAGACACUUACGGUUAGUCAAUUGUAUAAGUCGAUAAUGAAGGUCAUACACGAUCCAAAGUACAGAAAUGCAGCGCGAUUACGUCAAACACUGUUGAGAGAUCAACGCACAACGCCACUAGAGACGUCCGUUUACUGGACGGAAUAUGUUCUGAGACAUAAGGGCGCUUACCACCUGCAAUCGCCAGCAAGAAAUAUGACUUGGAUACAAUACUACCUUAUCGACGUGGUCGCUCUCUACAUCAGCGCCAUCUAUCUAAUCUAUUACUUGCUGAAACGUCUACUCUCACGCCCUGAAGUCAUGCAACAUAGCAUACGUCAUACGCAACAAAAAGUCAAAAAGCUGAAAUGA